AUGUUUAAAAAGAUUAAAUUUUUAACAUUUUUCCAAAAAUUAUUCAGACAAAUUAAAAGAAAAUUCACAAAAAAGCCACAUCCAGUUGAAGCCGACCGGUUUGAGUACAAUGAGAAUAAAUCACCAUUUAACUGUGAAAUUUGCUUGCUUGACAUUAAUCCAACUGAUGGAAUCAUCCUCAAAGACUGCAUCCAUAGAUUCUGUAAAGCCUGCAUCAUCAACACUAUAAAAUAUUCAACAGAAGCUGUUAUUGGCUGUCCACAUGCUGAUUGUCGAGGCAUCAUUACUGAUCGUGAAAUUCGAUGCUUUAUAUCAUAUGAAGACUACGAUGUUCUGCUUGACAGAUCAUUAAGACAAGCUGAGAUCUCAAUGAAGACAUCAUAUCACUGCAAGACACUAAACUGCAUUGGAUGGGUUGAAGUCAACAGCAAGAAGAUUGAAAGGUUCAGAUGUCAAGUGUGCAUGAAGGUUAAUUGUAUUCCAUGCAGAGCAGUUCAUGAAAGCUUUACAUGCAGACAAUACAGAGAAGAAUGGAAAAUGGAAAUUCAAUUGUCAAAGCAACUGAUUAAAACAAUGAUUAAGGAAAAGAAGAUCAAGAAAUGUCCAAAAUGUAAUGUCUUAAUUGAAAAGCACUUGGGAUGUGAUCACAUUAAAUGCAUAAAAUGUCAACAGGACUUUCAAUGGAGUUCAUUACAAAAGAUUAGGGUUGGUGAUCCAGAUUAA